AAAUUUGAGACUUUAUCAGUAAAUCUGGAUCAUGAAUGGCUCACCGAGCUGGAGGCCGAAUCGAGUUUAGUUGACAUCACACGUUGUAACAUGGGCCUGACGGAUCGAUGGUGUGUGUCGAGACAGAACGUAGCUGAGAGUCAAACACAACAGCGUGUGAACAUCAGAGACACAAAGAAAGAUGAAGCAUCAGCAUUGUGUCAUUAAACACAACAUCAUUAAAGAGUUCCUGGCUGAGUUUCUGGGGACCUUCAUACUGGUGUUGUUCGGCUGUGGCUCCGUCGCUCAGACCGUGUUAAGCCGAAACUCUCUCGGCGAGCCUCUGACCAUCCACAUUGGCUUCAGCAUCGGACUCAUGAUGGGAGUUUAUGUGUCUGGUGGUGUGUCAGGUGGCCACCUGAAUCCAGCUGUGUCUCUGGCCAUGGUGAUCUUAGGAAAGCUGAAGAUUUGGAAGUUACCCAUCUACGUCUUGGCACAGUUGCUGGGAGCGUUCGUAGGUGCUGCUGGAGUCUUUGGACUCUAUUAUGACGCUUUUAUGGAUUUCACAAAUGGAAUACUGUCAGUGACGGGAAUUAAUGCCACAGGACACAUUUUCGCAUCUUAUCCUGGAAGACACCUGACGGUACUGGGAGGUUUUGUGGAUCAGGUGUUUGGCACGGGAACGCUGGUUCUCUGUAUUCUGGCGAUCACUGAUGGGGGAAAUAUUGGAGCCCCUAAAGGGGUGGAGCCUCUGGCUGUUGGUCUGAUUAUUCUGGGCAUCAGUGUCUCUAUGGGUCUGAACUGCGGUUACCCGCUGAACCCCGCACGAGAUCUGGGCCCACGACUCUUCACCGCUUUGGCGGGUUGGGGGACGGAGGUUUUCAGCACUGCAGAUUACUGGUGGUGGAUUCCAGUUGCCGGACCGCUGGUCGGGGGGGUGGCCGGAGCCGCAAUCUACUUCCUGUUGGUCGAGCUGCAUCACACCAAACCCCAAGAAGAACCAGAUGAAGAGGAAGAAGAGGACGAAGAAGACAGCAGCCUAAAGGACAAAUAUGAGAUGAUCAACAUGUGUUAA